AGCUGCUUUCUUUUUCUCUCCGAUAUUCCAUGCGUGAAGCUUCACUCCAAGCUCCAUCCAACGAGUAGAGGAAAGGUGCCGCCGUGUCAAGGCGACGGAUAGAUCGACGCAGCAACGCAGCGUCCUUCGUGACAUCGGCGCCGACACAGGCUUCGAGAAAGAGGAGGGGGAGGAGGCAGCGGUGCUACAGGCAGUGUGGCACGUUGCUGUGCGACCCGCUCUUUCCACGGGGCUUGGCGUGACUGUGGGGCGCAGCAGCCGCUGUAGCCGGAAAGGAUGACCUCGUCUGCCGCACCACGCAACAGGCGAGAGGCGGACUCCGCCACCGCUGCGUGGUUUCACGAGCUUGUGCGGGAGGUCGAGGUGGUGGGGGAUGCGGAGGUUAACCGAGCCCGUGCGCCGCUCUUUGAGAAGGCACAUCGUCCCCAUGUCUUCACGGCCGAGGAGCGCCGUCGGAUGGACCGCUACGAGGGUAUUGACUACGCUGAGGGGCAGUCUCUCGUCCAACGCAUCGAUGCUAGUGGGCGGAAGAAGGCUGACGCGCAAGGGUGGCUGCGCCUCUUCAUGUUUGUGCUGAUUGGUGUGACGGUGGGCGCCUGGUCGCUGCUGCUGUUUCAAACACUCGACUACCUUUCCGAUGUGAAACUGGAGGCAGUGCAGGGGGUGGUGCGGAGUCGCAGCAACCACACCCAGCCGCCAUCUUCAUCCACAGAGGCGCCGUUAUUUGUGAGUGAUGUGAAUGGAUUCUUCUCUCGUUUCACUGUGUCGCAGCUACGUGUAGGAAAUGACAACAGCGACAGUAACAGCAGUCCCUUUGGUCCAAUUGUACUGAGCACCGUCUCCUGGUGGGCCUUGCUCCGCGGCUACCUGCUUUACGUUAUAUGGGGGCUCAUCACCGCACUGCUGUCCUCCUUGUGCUGCCUCGUGAUGCCGAGCGCGGCAGGCAGCGGCAUUCCUGAUGUGAUGGCUUACCUAAACGGCGUUAUGUUUCCUCGCAUCUUCAACAUCCGCAACUUGGUCGUCAAGACGCUGUCGUGCAUCUUGGCGGUGAGUGCGGGGCUUCCCGUUGGCACGGAGGGUCCGAUGAUCCACAUGGGGUCGCUGAUUGGUGCGGGUCUACCGACGGGUCGUAGCCGGUCGCUGCGUUGCAGUGCGACGUCCAUCUUUGACAUCUUCCGUAACCCACGCGAUCAGCGCGACUUCAUCUCUGCCGGUGCCGCGUGCGGCUUGACGAGCGCCUUCUCGAGCCCACUGGGUGGCAUGCUCUUUGUUAUGGAGGAGAUGGCCACGCACUUCUCCGUGCGGCUGGCGUGGCUCGUUUUUAUUUCUUGUCUCUCCUGCAUGUGGAUUAUUCAAACGGUGAACUCGUUCGUGUCGGGCUGGCACUUGGUCGAUCGGUCAGCCAUGGCGUUUGGCAACCUUCGCGAGGCAGCGAUGGCCAUGUUCUACAUUGACACCGUCCCAGAAAACACCGCCCCCCUCUACAGCCUCACCUUCAUCCCUACCGCGGUCGUGGCCGUCGUGUCAGGAGUGCUGGCCGUCGCGUACACCAUCAGCAGCGUUCGCUUCUCCCGUUGGCGCGGGCGGUGGCUCUUUCCCACGGCGCUCUACCGCGUCUUGGAGCCGUGUCUUUUUGCCUUUUUGUUUUCAUCGUGCUGUUACCUUCUGCCGCUGCUCACGCCGUGCGUGCCGACGCCGCCGCAUGUGCGGGCGAAGCAGGCGGAGCUUCACGUGGAGCUGUUUACUGCGUUCUGCGCGCAGCCCGCCAGCACGCACCAUCCCCUCGCCACCCUCACCAUGACGAGUCCCUACAACCUGCUGCGCCUUCUCUUUUCUCGCCACACCGCCGGACUCUUCCCUGCGUGGUCGCUGCUGUUGCACCUCAGCGUGUACGUGGUGGGGUCGAGCUACGCGGGUGGCAUGUUUAUCUCCUGCGGCACGGUCAUCCCCUCGCUGUUGAUCGGCGCGGUGCAGGGCCGCCUGAUUGGGGUGCUGUUCCGCCAGCCGCAGUGGGCGGACGAGGGCGUCGUGGCGCUUGUUGGCGCUGCCGCUUACUUCGCCGCCAUCUCUCGCCUGACCUUCGCUCUCGUCGUCAUUAUGAUGGAGCUAACGGCGGAUGUAUCGCACGUGACGUGUAUCAUGCUGGGCGUGCUGCUGGCGAAGGGCAUCGCGGACAAGUGCUGCCACUCCUUCUACCACGCCUCGCUGGAGGUGAAAGCGGUGCCCUUCUUGGAGGCGCAGACGAGCAUGCACCUUCUGGACACCUACACCGCCCGUGACAUCAUGACGUCUCCUGUAGUGAAUCUGGAGACGAUCGACACCGUGCUGCACGUGCUGGAGGCGCUCACCAUGACGACGCAUAACGCGUUUCCCGUAGUGCGCGUUGGCGAGGCGGAUCAGGCGUACGAAGGCGUGGUGACGCGCACACAGCUGCAGCUCCUGUUGUGGGUGGUGUACCUGCGAGAAGUGGGAGAGUCCGACGAGGUGUUUCUCUGCGACAGUGACGGCGAUGACGGCGAUGAUGGCAAUGGCAACGGUGAUGCUGCGGCACCCGUGGUCGGCGAGAGGGGGGAUCCGACGGCAUCCGCAACGACUGACGCGUGGGCGCCACCCCUGCCAGCUCCCACACACGUCUCCGACGCGGAACUGAAGCGUGUGCGGGAGUUUCUCUUUUGGAAUCGUCUCCCGCAGAUCCCGAUGACCGAGGACCUCCCGCUCGCCACCAUUCGCUCCUACAUCGACCUCAGCCCUUACAUUGACCGCAGCGCGCCGUACGUUCAGGAUGGCGCUUGCGUGUCGCGGGCGUACUACACCUUUCGCCAUCUUGGGCUGCGUCACUUGCCUGUAGUAGACCGCACACUGCGGGUGGUGGGGAUGUUGACGAGAGUGAACUUUGUGGGGGAUCGACUGCUGGAGAAGGUGGAGGCUCGUCAGGCUGCGGAGUCGCAUGGUGGGUGGCACGUGCACUAA